GAGGAGAGGGGGAGAGCUGGUGAAACACACAGUGGGUGAAACAGAGAGAGAGGGCGUGAGAGGGGAAGCCGUGAAACGCGCACACACACACACAAUGGGUGAGACAAACACACACAGAUAACAAGUGAGCCACACACACAGGCAAGGAUCGAGGCACACACACACACACACACCACGUAUGAGGAGUGAGACGGACAAACAGAGAGGGAGAGAGAGAACCGGUAAAACACACAGAGACUAGGAGAGACACAGACACACACGUCGGUGAAUGAGAGAGGGUGGGGGUAAACACAGAGACAAGGACACACACAUACAGCGGCGCAACGGAGAGAGAGCCGGUAAACACACAGAGACAAGGAGUGAGACACGACAGUGGUGAAGCAGAGAGAGCGCCCUGGUCCACACACAGGGGGGGGGGGGCGAGAGUUGGGGAGGGGGUGAAGGUGGCAGCAACUUGCGGCCAGUGUAGUUACUGGGGCAGGACCGCCUGACAGCCAGCGACACACAAUGCGCCUGGGAUUCACCACUUGGCUCUUCGGACUCCUCACUCUGCUGGCGAUCCUUCUCAUCCUGGCCGAUAUCUCCGAGGUGGAGAUGGAAUUCGGCAGGUUUUCAGAGGGAAGGAGACCCAUGAAGACAGCCAAGGAGAUGCCCCAGGACAAGUGUUGUAGGGGAGAGGCGAUCACAGACAUCUCAUCCAGCACAGGGCCAGUGACUGGGAAUCUGGAGAUCAUCGAACCACAGGUACCAAAGUGGAAGCUUAACGCCACACUGACGGCACGGAUAAGGAAAGAUAUUCUGAGGUUUCUGGAUGCAGAGAAGGACAUCUCCGUGCUGAAAGGCAAACUGAAGCCGGGAGAUAUCAUUCAUUAUAUUUUUGACAGGGACAGGACUCUGAAUAUAUCCUCUAGCCUGUACGAGCUAUUACCAAGGACAUCGCCAAUGAAGAACAAGCACUUCAAACAGUGCGCCAUUGUGGGAAACUCUGGGAUUCUGCUGAACAGUGGAUGUGGGCGAGAGAUUGACUCACAUGAGUUUGUGAUAAGAUGCAACCUUGCCCCAGUGGAAGUGUAUGCUCAGGAUGUUGGCCAGAAGACCGAUUUGGUGACGAUGAAUCCUUCGGUGGUGCAGCGUGCAUUUGAGGAUCUGAAGAACGAGACGUGGAAGGAGAAACUGUUGCACCGGUUGAAGAUGCUGGACAGCGCCAUCCUCUGGAUCCCAGCGUUCAUGGCCAAAGGGGGAGAGGAGCGUGUCGAGUGGGUGAACAACCUCAUCAUUGAGCACAAGAUCCACGUGCAGACCGCCUACCCAUCACUGAGGCUCCUACACGCAGUGCGGGGGUACUGGCUGACUAACAGGGUUCUGAUCAAACGUCCCACCACCGGCCUCUUGAUGUACACUCUCGCCACUCGCUUCUGCGAUGAGAUCCAUCUCUAUGGCUUCUGGCCUUUCUCCAAGGACCAAAAGGGAAAGGCAGUGAAGUAUCACUAUUACGACAGUCUGACGUACGAGUACAACUCACGGGCUACGCCGCACACAAUGCCUCUGGAGUUCAAGACACUGAAAAGCCUGCACCUUCGGGGUGCAUUGAAGCUAAACGUUGGAGAGUGCAACAUGGCAACGCAGGGUUAGAGGUAAAUGAAGGGAGGAGGGAGGCUCUCCACAGCCAAUACUGUGGCGUCAUUGGGAAGCUGGACAGAUCCAGUCAACCUCACAUGUGGGGGGGAUCGAUCACGGUGAGAACAGCCCUCGUGGACAAGGCACCAACACUCUGAGCACACAAACAUCAGAAAGGGAAGUCAGAUUCAGCGACUUUUGUUCUCUGAUGUAUGAGGCGUGACAGCAAAGAGACUGCCCACAGCAGGACUGGACUAUUGGAGAACGGAGCGGAGAUUCCUUCGAUCAGGAAAGACCAGGCUUCAUUCAGAACUAGGCCCCAAACUAGAGGCCCAAGUGUCAGGAACUUUAGCACCGACACACUUGAUUAAAGAUGUCUUUCUUAGUUAAGCUUGUGACAGACUUUGAAGGAAACACAAUAAACAUUGCUGCCAGCUGAAGUGAUUUUAGAAUGAGCAACAAAAGAAAAACACUUACAUUGGAAUACUGCCGGGAGAGAUGGUCUGACUGGUUCAUCUAAACUGAGUAAGAGAAAAUUGGAGAUCGACACAAAAUGCCGGAGUAACGCAGCGGGACAGGCAGCAUCUCUGGAGAGAAGGAAUGGGCGACGUUUUGGGUCGAGACCCUUCACCCUGUGAUUCAGGAGAGAGGGGGACAUAGAGAUAGGGAAGGGUAAGGUGUGAAAGCACAGAUCAAAGGGGACUAUGAUGAAGGAAAAUGGAGAAUGGUUCAUUGUUAGCUGAGGGGAAGGUGACAACGAGGCAUACAAUCAGUAAAAUGCAAUCGGGAGGACAGUGAAACUAGUCAGACAACUGGAAAUGGGGGAGGCACAGACAGAGAGGGAAGCAAGUGUUACUUGAGGCAGAGAAAUUUGGAUUAACUGAGAAAAUAAUUCAAAUGAGCGACUGAAAAAACAGAUGCUUUAAUCGAAUAGUUGGUCUUCAACCUGCCAUGGAAUUUGUAAUGGACUAUCACACAGUCUGUGUUACACAGCAUCUGCAGUUCCUUACUCGUACAGUCAUAGAGUUUUACAGGGUGAAGACUGGCCCUACGCCCACUGUGCCCACAUAGGCCAGCACAUCCCAGCUACACUAGUCCCACCUGUGUGUUUGACCCAUAUCCCUCCAAACC